CGCGGCGGGCGGGUGCGCGGCCUCCCACAACUGGGGACGUGGGCGCCGAGAUAAUUCGUGCCGCCAAAGUGGCCGCGGCCUCACCGCGCCGCGCCGCGCCCGCGCCGCCGCCGCGGCAGCACGCGGGCGGCCCACACACACAGCGCCGCGCGGCGGGCGGGCGCGCGCGCUCCCUCAACUGGGACGCGGGCGCUCCCCGCAAAUAGAGAAGCGGGCGCCGCAACUAGAGAAGCGGACGCCGCAAUAUUUCGCCGCCAAAGGGCCGCGCCCUCAUCUCUUGUCGACGCAGGUCCGAUCGCGACGAUGAUCCGACGGAAGAGCGUGGCGACGCUCCUCGCGCUCUGCGCGACGGCGGCCGGACAGGCCGGCAACCCUGCUCCCAGCUACAAGCCGACGAACUCGCCGAUUCCGUCGCCGACGGCGAGGCCGACGCCCGCGCCGUCAUACAAACCCACGACGCCGCCUAUUCCGUCGCCGUCUGUUAAACCUUCGGCGGAGCCUACGUACCGGCCGACCCCGGCGCCGUCGCCGCGGCCGACGCCCAAGCCUACGCCGACGCCAUCAUAUAAGCCGACCCCGUCGCCGUCCCUGCGACCGACGAUCUCGUCGCUCCCGACUUACACGCCUACGAGCGUGCCGAGCAACAAGAACCCGACGUACAUUCCUACGCCGCAGCCCACGGCAACGCCGGUCUUCGCGCCGUCGGCGCAGCCGUCAUACGUCCCGACGAGCAAGCCUACGAACGCCCCGUUCCCGGCGCCCACGUCGCAGCCUUCUUACGUGCCCACGUCGAAGCCUACGGACGCACCUGUACCGGCGCCCACGUCGCAGCCUUCUUACGUACCCACGUCGAAGCCGACGGACGCCCCGACGCCCAUGCCGCCGACUUACAAACCGACGGCUGCGCCCGUCCAUAUGUGCAAUGGUGUGUCGCAGACGGCGCCGUGCGGCCCGACGUACCUGCCGACGCCGCAGCCCACGGAGAACCCGACGAUCGUGCCCGUCCCGGUUCCGACCUACGUGCCGACCGGCGCGCCGACGCCGUCGCCCUCCGCUGUGCCGAUCAGCAAACCGUCCUACACUCCGACGGCUGCCCCGAGCGCACAGCCGAGCCUGCUGCCUUCUUCGAAGCCGACGUACGUACCGACGACCAUACCUACGCCGUCUCCCUCUGUCAAGCCAACGAAGUAGAGCGUGCGCCGCUCAACAUCGUCUGUCUUGUGUCCCCGCCCUACCCACCCCACCCGCCCCUCCCUUAACAGCCCGCCCUC